AUGUCCGUUUCUGAAUAUACGAACAAGUUCAAGCACUUGGUUCGUUUCAACACUAUGGCUACCAGUGAGGAGUGGCAAUGCAGAAAGUUUGAAAAUGGGCUGAGGAGUGAUUUGAAGGUGUUAAUUUCUAGCCUGUGUAUUCGCUCAUUUCCGGCAAUGGUUGAGAGGGCCAAAGUAUUGGAGAAGAAUAUGGCAGAAGCGGAACAACAUAAGAAGCAACAACAGGUGGGUAGGGGACCGAUCGUAUCUAGAAACAAUGCUAAUCUGAGAAGGACCCCCUACACUCGUCCAAAUCAACCACCAAAUACAAGUGGAUCUGAAGCGCUAGUCACUGCCGGACAGUCUGGGCAGCAAGGAAACGUCACUUGUUUCCAGUGUGGAGGACCACACUACCGUUCGUCAUGUCCUCAACUGAUGGGAGGAAAAUUCUACGCUCGUUGUAGAAGAAGUGGACAUCUGGAAAAUGAGUGCAACAUGGGGAGACGCGCAGUGAUGAGACCACCGAACGCUGGAAGGAAUCAGCCAAGAGGUAGACGAGCCCAAGCGGUUGGGCGUGUAUAUGCGAUAACGGGCGCUGAGGCAGCAAGCUCAGGUACACUCACCAUCAGUACCUGCUUAGUAUAUGGUAGAUCUUGCUGUGUAUUGUAUGAUUCGGGAGCAACACAUUCCUUCAUCUCGAAGGUGUGCGUUGGAAAACUGGGUUUAGAAGUGAGAGAGAUGCAGUUCGAUCUAGUGGUGUCAACCCCAGCGGCUGGCGAGGUUAGGACGUCCACUAUGUGCGUCAGAUGCCCUAUAGAAGUGGAAGGGCAUUGUGGUAAGAAGGAAUUGGUAUUUCCUGAUGAAGACCAAGAAGAGUUGUCAGUAACGCUCGGUCAAUUGAAGGAAGACAUCAUGGAAGGUGCCAGUUGUUUCCUGAUCAUGACGCACGCAGACAAAGAGAUGGGAGAAGUGAACUUAGAACGAUCGUCCAGCAGUAACAGUAACGGACGAUUGAUUGUGGAUGAAUUCCCGGACGUCUUUCCGAAAGAAAUACCUGGACUUCCCCCUCCUCGAGAAGUUGAAUUCACCAUUGAUUUAGUGACGACGGCAACACCCAUCUCUGUUCAACCUUAUCGAAUGUCGCCUGCGGAGUUAUCUGAACUCAAGAAGCAAAUUGAAGAGUUGAUGGACAAGCAGUUCAUCAGGCCGAGCGUAUCACCCUGA